AUGUUUGAUUGUAGUCUUUUGCCAGCAAUAAUUCUGCUGCCGAAAUUUGUGGCCGCUGGGACAAAACUCUACGCAACAGGGAAUCCAGGAGAGAAUGCCACACUCACCUGUGAAGCUUUAGGUGGUCUUUCAAUCCCAGGAGGACUGCAAUUAACCCUACUUAGGGGGUCAGGAUUAAAAGACUUAGUAGAACAGGCCAUCAGUGGAAAGGGCUCCAUUUCUCCAUCGACACUGGUUGCUGACAGUCCUACCGAGCCUUCAGCAUUUGGUGAAAGCCGAGAGAAACCACCGUUUAGCGAGCGAAUCGAAACGAUUCUGCCUGAUAUGGAUCCACGAUAUCACCUCACAGCUGGACCGGAUCCCAGAAAUCCCUACGCUGCUAUGGUGCGAUUAUGGAUAAGCAGUGAGUGCCGGAAAGUAAUGCCUCUUGUAUCAAAAGAUUAUAUGUUGUUAAAAUCGUGCUUUUUCUAA